AUGGAUAAUAACCAAGGAACACUUCGCGCACGGAGAAAACAAAAGGUCAAAUUUUCAGACGAAGAAGUGAUCACCAUCCUUCGGGCAUUUAUUGCCCAUCCAACCUCCUGGGCUGACGUUAUUGACGAUGUGAAAGGGAACAUCGACCGCUUACAAGCGUCAGCGCACCAAUUGUAUGCUACAGCCACAAACAAACAGCAACGGGACCGCAUGUCUUCGAAGUUGAGUUCACUUAUAGCUAUAAACCAAGACAGCAUACAGAACGUGCAAAUCAGAGAUCUUCUACAGUCCAUUCGUGAUACAGAACGACGCCUUGUAGCUGAUCCCAUACCACCGUUGCAUCAGCCUGCAGCGGCACCUGCAGCACCCGCACAGGCUCCACCAGCCGACCAAGCUCCCGUUCCUGAACCUGCCGUUCCUGCACGUGCUCAGGUAGACAUGCGAGACGGCAUUGUAGCGGGGAUGCCACCUUCAUCAUCUGACACUGAAGGGGCAGCAGCAGACCCCCAACCACCUGCGAGAGGGGAGCGGAGGCGUAGGAGGAAGCGGAAGCGAUCUCUUGCUGAUUUGGUUAGAGAAAAUCAAGUUAUUUAUAGACGUUGGAUGAAGAAGAAACUGCCAAAGAUCCAGCGGGAGUUGGGUAUCUCAUCAUCUUUUUCUUCGUCUUCUGAUGACGAGUGA